AUGGCGCAACGCAGUGUCCCGGCAGAUAUCCAACUCUCCCAGUUACCUCUAUUAUCCCCGGAAAACUCUUCCAGCACGAAUAGCACGUCCAAUCUCUCAAGCACACGACUACCGCAACAAGUGCCGACCAUGGCCGAUGACCAAGCGACACCCACCGAGCGCGAUAAGCGUGAAAACCGUGACUUUGUGCUCGGGUUGUUUCUGCUCGCCAUCGUAGUCAUUCUUUGGACAUCAUCCAACUUUAUCACCCAGGAUCUAUUUGUUGGCGGAUUUGACAAGCCAUUCCUCGUCACCUAUCUCAACACAUCCUCCUUUGCCAUUUACCUUAUUCCGUUCAUCUAUCGGAGGUGGAGGCACCGGAAGUCAAGCGCAUACGCCUAUCAGUCGCUCACGACCGAACCCCCGCAAGAAGAAGAGGUCGCGCAGACGACGACGGCGCAUAACACGUCGACGCUUCCUCCUCUGACCACGAAAGAGACUGCCAGUCUUGCGCUCUUAUUCUGCUUUCUAUGGUUCAUUGCCAACUGGACCGUCAAUGCCGCAUUGCGCUAUACAAGCGUAGGCAGCACGACCGUACUCGCAAGCACGAGUGGGUUAUUUACAAUGGCCAUGGGAGCGCUCCUAGGCUUUGAGCGCUUCUCCCUAUCACGACUCGGCGCAGUCUUGACGAGCUUCUUCGGCGUCGUGCUCGUCACAUUGGCCGAUUCAUCCACAAUGGCACCCGCAAAUCAACCACCAACGCCAACACAACAACACGUCUUCCCACGAAUGAUACUUCCUCCACCAUCUCACCCCAUCGUCGGCGACGUACUGGCGUUGCUGAGCGCGGCCUUUUACGCGCUUUACCUCUCCCUCCUCAAAGUGCGCAUCAAGGACGAGUCACGCGUGGACAUGCAACUCUUUUUCGGCUUUGUAGGCCUUUUCAACAUUAUAGGGUGCUGGCCACUCGGUCUCGUUCUCCACCUCACGGGGAUUGAAGAAUUCGUGUGGCCAAGUGGAUGGAAAGCAUGGUCGGGUGUGAUUGUCAACAUGGGCGUCACGUUUUCGUCUGAUUACUUAUACGUAAUCGCUAUGCUCAAGACGACACCAUUGGUCGUGACACUCGGGUUGACGUUGACGAUUCCGCUCGCCAUUGUGGGUGACAUGGUGCUUCAAUCCCGCUUUGCGAGUGCGCUCGGUCUCUUUGGCGCAUUGCUCGUCGUGGGCGCAUUUGGAGUGAUAGGAUGGGAUGAUUCACGCAACGACUCGGACACUCGAGCAGUCGAAGUGUCGUAA